GUCUAAAUGGUUUCCCCUUUCCAAAAGCACACUGUUGAUAACUUAAUAGUAGUUUCGCUCGAAAAACCAGAGGCUCUUGCCCUAAUUCAACGUACAGACCCGAGUCAAAACCUCACAGUUCUGCUCCGAUUCUUCAAAUCUAACAUAGAUUCCAGCUUAAAAUUCCUUAUCCAGAUCCAUAAUUUGCUAAGAUCUACAACUCACAAUGGAGCAACACUGAAUCCAAAUUCCUGAAGCUUCUUUUUCAAAUGGCAAUUCCUGAUAAAGGCAAGUUGUUUUUGCUCUGUUUUCUCUUUAUUUUCGCUUCUCCACGUUGUAAUAAAAUUCUUGUCAGCUCAAUUCAACACCAAAAUGAACCCCAGAAUACUGCAAGUCAAACUGAACUUAAUUUAAGUCAACAAGAUUUGUUAUUACAUAGACUUGAAGAGGUAGUGAGAGACCUUAGUGAAAUAGUUGCUAAAUUAGAAUCUAAACUAUUGGAGUCUUCUAAAGUUUCAUCUCUUGAUGAGAAGCAGCGUCUCGAGAAUUUACGAUGUGCUCUUCAAGAAAAAGAUGUUAUUAAUCAAAGAAAAUACGAUAAUCUAAGAUCGUAUGAAGAUGUUAAUGAAGAGGAUAAGAUUCGAGGUGGAGGUAGGGCCAAAGCGGUUUCAGUUACAAAGUAUAGCCCAUUUUGGUCUGAGAGGUUUCAGUUUGUUUCAGCUGUGAAAUUGGAAUCUGAUCCCACUUGUAUUAACAUCUUGCCAUUUCGUGAUUACGAAGGUCAUAGCAAAUAUAUAGCUGUUGGUGAUCAUAAAGGGAGGGUUUAUGUGUUUUUGAGAAAUGGGGAUAUAUCAGUUGAGUUUUAUACCAUGUGUGAUUCACCCAUUACUGCCAUGGUCUCGUAUUUAUCUGUUUAUAAGAAUGAGAGUGUCGUAGUCACAGGGCAUCAAAAUGGUGUGAUCCUGAUCCAUAGGGUUUAUGAGAGGUCAAAUGGAGAAGAUUGGAGUUCACUUGUAAUGGAAAAUGUUGGUAAAUUUUUGGUGGCUGAUAAUGGUGGGGAACGUUCGUCUAUAACCAUAUUGGAAGUGCAUCAUGUUGGGAGAAUGAGGUAUAUACUGUCCACAGAUUUUGGUGGAAAGAUUGUGGUCUUCAAAGAAAAUGGAAUGAUUCAUGGUUCUGCAAUGCCAACAAGUAAGCCACUUGUGUUCUUGAAGCAAAGACUUCUAUUUCUGACACAGAGUGGUGCAGGAUCUUUGGAUUUGAGAUCCAUGAAAGUUAGGGAAUCUGAAUGUGAAGGAUCAAAUCAUUCUCUUGCACGCAAUUAUGUUUUUGAUGCAACAGAGAGGUCAAAAGCUUAUGGAUUUACAUCAGAGGGGGAUAUGAUUCAUGUAUUGCUUUUGGGGGAUCUGAUGAACUUCAAAUGCAGGGUUAGAUCCAAGAGAAAGUUUAACAUGGAUGAGCCAGUUGCUUUUCAAGCAAUUAAGGGUUAUUUACUUAUUGUUAAUAAAGAAAAAGUUUUUGUGUAUAAUGUUUCAACUCAGCAUUAUGUGAGGAGUGGUGGGCCUCGACUGCUUUUCUCAGCUGGUUUGGAUGAGAUCAGAUCAUCAUUUCUGAAUUAUCAAUCAAUGGAUGUGGAUGUGGAUGCUGAGAAAAGAAGGGUGAUACCCUUAAUAGCUAGUGACCGUGAGAAGCUUCUUGUUCUCGGCCUUGGAGGAGGGUAUGUGGGAGUUUAUCGCUCUAAACUUCCAGUUUUCAAAGGAGAAUCCAAUGCAAUGCAGUGGACGAGUCCUGUGUUAUUCUUUAUACUUUUCUUGUUUGGAGCAUGGCACUUUUUUGCUAAGAAGAAAGAAGUGCUUACUUCUUCAUGGGGACCAGAUGACCCUUUUACCUCUGCGUCUGCCACAGCUGGAGCUUCAAUAGGCUCAAGCUCUGGAGACAGAUCAUUUGUAGAUUCUUCUUCAAGAAGUGCUGAUAUAAUGGAUUUGAGGACUGGUAGUCUGAGGGGGCCAUCAAGGAGAUACCCCUCUCCGUCACGAUAUCCUGGUGGAUCAACAAGUUCCUAUAGGCCGAAUUCUGCUGAUCCCAACCCUAGGCCUCCUGUCGAUCCCACUUAUAGAUCAGGUUCAGAUCUAAAGUUCAGGGGCUCAACACUGGAACCUGCAGGGUUUCCUAAAAGAAGAGAGACUCUAUAUGUAAACAAUCAAGGUGUGAAUGAUAGUAAUUGAUGACUGGUGAAAUUGCUUUGAACCUUUUUUGGGUAAGAUUUCUCUAACUUUUACCCGCAUGUAUCAAGAGUACAUUUUAGAUUUUCUUAAAUUGUUCAUUUGGCAUUUUGAACCUCUUGAACUGCAAUGUUGUAACUUAAGUUUCUAGUUCAAAGGGAAUAAUGAAAAAUUUUACUAGUA